GCUCCAAGUGCUCUCAACGCCACCGGCCACACGGCUCCGAUCUCUUCCCGAGGGUCCCCCAGCUUCACCAUGAUGACCGAAGAGCACACGGACCUCGAAGCCCAGAUUAUCAAGGACAUUCACUGCAAGGAGAUCGACCUUGUGAACCGAGACCCCAAAAACAUUAAUGAGGACAUAGUCAAGGUGGAUUUUGAAGAUGUGAUUGCAGAACCCGUGGGCACCUACAGCUUCGAUGGCGUGUGGAAGGUGAGCUACACCACCUUCACUGUCUCUAAGUACUGGUGUUACCGCCUGCUGUCCACGCUGCUCGGCGUCCCACUGGCCCUGCUCUGGGGCUUCCUGUUCGCCUGCAUCUCCUUCUGCCACAUCUGGGCGGUGGUGCCAUGCAUUAAGAGCUACCUGAUUGAGAUCCAGUGCAUCAGCCACAUCUACUCUCUCUGUAUUCGUACCUUCUGCAACCCAGUCUUCGCUGCCCUGGGCCAGAUCUGCAGCAACAUCAAGGUGGUGCUGCGGAAGGAAAUCUAAAGCCAAAUGGGGCAACAGGGCUGGUGGGGCAGGGAGAGUCAGGCCAGGCUGGCUCCCCAGGUGCUGCUCCAUGGGAGGUGCUGGAGAGCUCUUUUUCUUUAGGGACUGCUCAAUUCCCCCCCAAGAUGGGAGCACACAGUAUAGGGAAGCCAGAAAGAAAAGAGCCCAGC